AUGGCUUGCCUUGGAUUUCAGCGGCACAAGGCUCAGCUGAACCUUGCUACCAGGACCUGGCCCUGCACUCUCCUGUUUUUUCUUCUCUUCAUCCCUGUCUUCUGCAAAGCAAUGCACGUGGCCCAGCCUGCUGUGGUGCUGGCCAGCAGCCGAGGCAUCGCCAGCUUUGUGUGUGAGUAUGCGUCUCCAGGCAAAGCCACUGAGGUCCGGGUGACAGUGCUUCGGCAGGCCGACAGCCAGGUGACUGAAGUCUGUGCGGCAACAUACAUGAUGGGGAAUGAGUUGACCUUCCUAGAUGAUUCCAUCUGCACGGGCACCUCCAGUGGAAAUCAAGUGAACCUCACUAUCCAAGGACUGAGAGCCAUGGACACGGGACUCUACAUCUGCAAGGUGGAGCUCAUGUACCCACCGCCAUACUACAUGGGCAUAGGCAACGGAACCCAGAUUUAUGUAAUUGAUCCAGAACCGUGCCCAGAUUCUGACUUCCUCCUCUGGAUCCUUGCAGCAGUUAGUUCGGGGUUGUUUUUUUAUAGCUUUCUCCUCACAGCUGUUUCUUUGAGCAAAAUGCUAAAGAAAAGAAGCCCUCUUACAACAGGGGUCUAUGUGAAAAUGCCCCCAACAGAGCCAGAAUGUGAAAAGCAAUUUCAGCCUUAUUUUAUUCCUAUCAAUUGAGAAACCAUUAUGAAGAAGAGA